AUGAACGGCUACGGCUCCCCGUACCUGUACGUGGGCGGCCCGGUGUCGCAGCCGCCGCGGGCGCCCCUGCAGCGCACCCCCAAGUGCGCGCGCUGCCGCAACCACGGCGUGCUGUCCUGGCUCAAGGGCCACAAGCGCUACUGCCGCUUCAAGGACUGCACGUGCGAGAAGUGCAUCCUCAUCAUCGAGCGGCAGCGCGUCAUGGCGGCGCAGGUGGCCCUCCGCCGGCAGCAGGCCAACGAGAGCCUCGAGAGCCUCAUCCCCGACUCGCUGCGCGCCCUGCCGGGACCCUCGCCGCCCGGGGACGCCGCCGCCCCGCAGCCGCCGACGCCGAGCCCGCAGCCGGCCCCGCCGCCGCGCCCCGCCGCCGAGCUGGCCGCCGCCGCCGCGCUGCGCUGGGCCGCCGAGCCCCCGCCCGGGCCGCUGCAGCCGCCGCUCGCCAAGCCCGACCUGGCCGAGGAGCGCCUCGGGGACAGCAGCCUGGCAGACGGCUCGGAGACCUUCAGCGACAAGGACGCGGACCCCAGGAGCUCCCCGGACGUGGCAAACGGCAAAGGCGGCUGCUUCGCGCCCGAGAGCCCCGAGGUGGUGCCGGUGGAGGAAGGUGGGUACCCCGCCGGCGGCCAGAAACACGGGGGCGCCUCGGACGGCCGCCCCGGCAGCCCCAAGUGCCCCGGGGAGCAGCAGAGCCACCUGCUCAUCGAGGGCCCCUCGGGCACCGUCUCGCUGCCCUUCAGCCUGAAGGCCAACAGACCCCCGCUGGACGUGCUGAGGAAGAUAUUCCCGCACCAGAAGCCCGCGGUGCUGGAGCUCAUCCUGAGGGGCUGCGGCGGGGACCUGGUGGGCGCCGUGGAGGUCCUGCUGUCCAGCCGGUCCUCGGGGUCGGCCGCCGCCGCCGAGCGGACUGCCGCGGCCGCCGCCGCCGCCGAGCCCGAGGGCCUCGUGUUGCCCGCCAACGGGCACCUCUUCGAGCACACGCUGGGCUCCUACCCCCUCUCCUCCUCCAAGUGGUCCGUGGGCUCGGCCUUCCGCGUCCCGGACACGCUGAGGUUCUCGGCGGACUCGGGCGGCGGCGUGGUGCCCGGCCCCCUGGCCGUGCCCCUGCAGCACCCGUUCCCCCAGCCGCCCCGCUACCCGCUGGUGCUGAGGAACAGCCUGGCCAGGAGCCAGGCCAGCCCCUUCCUGCCCAACGACGUGGCCCUGUGGAACACCAUGACGCUGCAGCAGCAGUACCAGCUGCGGUCCCAGUACGUCAGCCCCUUCCCGGGGGGCAGCAGCUCGGCCGCCAGCGUCUUCCGGAGCUCCCCCGUCCUGCCCGCGCGGGCCCCCGAGGACCCCCGGAUCUCCAUCCCCCCCGAGGAGGGGUGCCCCAUGGUGUCCAAGCAGCCCCUCUACACCGAGGACGACUACGACGAGCGAUCCGACUCCUCGGACUCCAGGAUACUCAACACGUCCUCUUAA